CCUCACGUCAAGCCUCGCCACAAUCCACAUCCAUCGCACCUGUCUCGGUCUGGCAGACUUGGCUCGUACUGCAGAUCCUCUAUAUAUAUAAUACCACACAUCACACAUCGGUCGUACCAUAUUAUUUUCCCCCGCCCGCCUCCCAUGCUGGCCAGAUGAACUCAAUUGCCACCGACUUUCUGACGAACCUUUUGGCGAGCGAGUCGUAUCGGAUUUGGGGGAAGGAGAGCGGGGUGGUGACGGAUGAACAUGUGGAUAUCUUUGCGGAUGAUCGGAUGUCUGUGAUGGGAGAAACGGAACAGGAAGAGGAGAGGGCUGGGAGUGGUGGGGAGGGACAGGGGGAGCAAGGGGCGGAUGGGGUAGCACAGGGCCAGGGAGGAAGUCAGGAAGGCAUACUCGAAGAUGAGGGCGGGAGAGAGGCUUCAACUGGACGUCAAUCUGAGUCCAGGUCACCUGUUCGAGAAGAAAGCUUAGAGAACGCUGUACAACCGCAAAGCGGUCUCGAGAGCGACCCAAUUCCGACCGGGUCGGAAACGGAACUGCCCAUUCGGCAGGAAACCGAGACACCAGCGACUGGGGAGGACGCGUCCAGCAACCCCGAGUCUACAAUACCAGACGGGGCCCAGAGCUCCCCAGCGCCGCCUAUAAACCCGUCAGACCCCCAGGCCGAAAGUUCAACGCAAAGGAGCUCUGCUGCUCCGAUUGGGGAGGCCAGUGAGCAGCCGCAUAUAAACCAGUCAGACACCCAGGCCGAGAGUUCUGCUCAAGCAGAGUCUGCCGCUUCGAUUGGGGAGGCCAGUGAGAAGCCGCCUACCGCGUUGCCCGAAGAUGAUGGCAUGCGCGCACUGCGGGAGAGGGUUCUUCACAUACAAGUAAAGGAUAUUUCUACGGAUGAGAAGGCGCGGCUGAUGCAUGAGCUCCUGACGGAAGGAUAUACCAAGUCUCAAGUUGGCCAGGAGAUCCCUCCUUCACCAGCAGCGGUAGUGAGCCAGGAGCGGCCAACGACUCCUACAUCGAUAAGCUCCUUUAACUUCUGGCCUGGGAAGGACAAUUCUCAUUCUCCUGAAAAGGGAGAUACUGUUACAUUCCAUUUAACAAAGGAUGACCUUCAACCCACAUAUGCGCCUCUACCCCCACCAGUCGAAGGAGCUUCUGAUGGCAGUGACGAUGUAGAGCAGACACAGGUAUUUGGCUGUCAGCAUUACAAGCGGAAUGUCAAGCUUCAAUGCUUCACAUGCAACAAAUGGUAUACAUGUAGGCUGUGCCAUGACGCAGCUGAGACUCAUACAUUACCACGGAGGGAGACCAAAAACAUGCUUUGCAUGAUCUGUGGCAACGCCCAGCGAGCAGCUGAAAUAUGCACUCACUGCACAGGCCGCGCCGCGAACUACUACUGUGACAUUUGCCAUCUUUGGGAAGAUGAUCCGAACAGGAGUAUUUAUCACUGUAAUGACUGCGGGAUCUGUAGAGUUGGUAUGGGCCUCGGGAAGGACUUCUUCCAUUGCAAGACGUGCGGUCUCUGCAUGAACAUCUCGAUGGAAAUGUCCCAUAAAUGCAUUGAGCGGUCCAGCGAUUGCGACUGCCCCAUCUGCCACGAGUAUAUGUUCACAUCUCCGCAAACCGUGGUGUUCAUGAAAUGCGGUCAUACCAUCCACAAGCACUGCUACCAUGCACAUCUGGAGAAUUCGUAUAAGUGUCCGAUCUGCCAGCAGACGAUCGUAAAUAUGGAGACUCAUUUCCGCGCCAUUGAUAGGGCUAUCGAAGCGCAGCCCAUGCCGGAGCAAUUCGAGGACACGAAAGCUAUGAUCACUUGUAAUGAUUGCAGGGCGAAGAGUGCGGUGCCGUAUCACUGGCUGGGGCUCAAGUGCGCAGUUUGCGAUAGCUAUAACACAAUACAGGUGAAUAUCAUCAACGACGAGCCAUUGGCACCGCCUGCCGAGGCGGCGGGACAAGGGGAUACUGCGGGGGAGGGUGCGACAGCAGAGAUGGCUAUACCAGUUCCAAGAUCGAGGAGGCACUCAUUGAGUGCUGAACAAACCCUUGCUCCGAGAGAUUAUAGUUCUGGGCUAGCUCCAGACGUACCGUCGAGGAUUGGCAGGUCGAUGUCGCCUGUGCGGGGGAGCUACUUUAGGCAGGGAGAACCCGCACGCCCUGCGGCAGAUGAUGCUGAGGUUUGGGAUGAUGAAGAUACAGAUUUUUGGGGACGGACACCCGCGGACCUCGCGGUGGAUGGAGAGGAGGAAGAAGAAGAAGAGGAGGAGGAGGAUGAGGAUGAUUUGGACCUGUCUUUGGAAGACGAUGAUGAUGAUGAUGAUGAUAUUGAUACGAUGGAGUUAUUUGGGCAUCGCUAGCUGGAAGCUACGGGCAUGGGAUGGUUUUGGCGUUACGACCCGCGUAGAACCCUUGGGAAGCAUAUGGUUAGUCCAUUGGGUGGAAGGGCGCAUGAGGAUCGAGAUUGAAGGAGAUCACUAUUUGAGUCUCCUCUGGACAGGACCGCAUGUAGCAAUAUAAUGAGCGGCAGCAGAAAUAUCAAAUAUCCAAAUUACUACACGCAUAGAAGCUUUAUGUUCGGUCUCGGAGAG